CAAGCGAGCUGAAUGGGAAACACAUUUGUGCGCCUCACCGAUGUAUUAAACCUAAAAGGGAGAGACGAUGACAAGCGAAAACAGUUUUACACGUAAAUUAAUUUCCUAAGAGGCGGACAGGCAAACUAAAAUUCCCGGUGUCUUAAAGCGGCCUGACUGCUCUUUAACUACAGGCUCCGCAUACAGCAGCCGCGGAGAAACAGUGGAGAGACUCGGCAUCGUCAGCUGCUGUAUCUGCAACCGAAGAGAGGGAUGCGAGGACUUGAAAAGAGAUAAAUAAAACGUAUUCGUGAUUUUUCCCCUCGUCAUUAUGGGGUCUAUGUUCAGUUAGCAAACGGCGAGUUGAACCUGAAUUUGUUUGCGGCCGUUGGGCGAAGCUGUAAGCCCGUGAAAAUGAGGAUAAUAUGCAGAUAGGGCGUUUUUAAAGUCCACCUUUUGUCGUGGACGGUCGGCUAACGUUAGCGAGGUUUCACUGGACUUGGCAGGUUUGCGUGUGCUGUGUAUCGCUAGCGUUAGUUUAGCCGAGGUUAUUUGACCGGUUUUCUUCGCUUUUUUUUGAAGUAGCUCUUCUUAUCGGAUGAAAUCUCGUCUAUGCCAUCCAUCCCGGUGUUGUUAGGGGCCUCUGCUGGCAAACUGCGUCACCGAGUGGGCGCUGCAGGUAUCCAUCUCUAAAUCUGCAUGUUGGGAAGUCUAGCCAUGGCACGAAUGACCUGGAAACCAAAGUGACUGAACUUUUAAAUCACCAUGGAGCCGGAGUCUAAUUCACACUCCGGGGCCCACCAAGACCUGAAAUAUCCAUCCGUACCCAACUCUCAGUGUGAACUGGCCAUGGGUGAUGGAAAUAUCAGUCUUGUGGACUCACUAGUGAGGGGUGGGAGUGACCCCAGUGCAUACCCCUCAUCCAGCUAUCAGAGGAAUGUGCAUCAGAGAUUCAUCAGGAGAAGUCUGUGGUUCUCGGACACAGAUGAGCAGGCCUUUGAAGCACCUGAAUGUGAUAACAGGAGUAAGAUCCUAAACAUAAACCUGCGAACAAUAGUGGACAGGACUCUGGGGACUAGUUGUGGGGUACAAGAGGGUUCCAGCACUGAAAGUCAAGGUGGGCAAAAAGACAGUGCAACAGAGAGCGCCAGUGCCGAUGAAGAGAAGGAAAAAGGUGGAGAUGCAUUAAAUGUUACAUGCAGCGAUGGUGCUAAAACUGCUAUCAAGGCAGCCAGUGAGGAGAAUGAGGAAGAAGCAGAGAUGAAAGCAGUCUCCACAUCUCCAGGAGGACGGUUCCUCAAAUUUGACAUUGAGCUGGGGAGAGGGUCCUUCAAGACGGUUUACAAGGGCCUGGACACUGAGACCUGGGUGGAGGUUGCCUGGUGUGAGCUGCAGGAUCGUAAGCUGUCAAAAGUGGAGCGUCAACGCUUUAAGGAGGAAGCAGAGAUGUUAAAGGGUCUUCAACAUCCCAACAUUGUCCGUUUCUAUGACUUCUGGGAGUCAUCCCUUAAAGGGAAGAAAUGCAUUGUUCUAGUAACAGAGCUCAUGACGUCAGGGACCUUAAAAACCUAUCUAAAGCGUUUCAAGGUAAUGAAGCCCAAGGUGCUGAGGAGCUGGUGCAGACAGAUCCUGAAAGGCCUACACUUUCUCCACACCAGGACCCCACCCAUCAUCCACAGAGACCUCAAAUGUGAUAACAUCUUUAUCACUGGACCUACAGGGUCAGUCAAGAUUGGGGAUUUAGGACUUGCAACACUCAAAGCAGCUUCCUUUGCCAAGAGUGUCAUAGGCACCCCUGAGUUCAUGGCUCCAGAGAUGUAUGAGGAGCACUAUGACGAGGCAGUGGAUGUCUACGCCUUUGGCAUGUGUAUGCUAGAGAUGGCCACCUCAGAAUACCCCUACUCCGAAUGUCAGAAUGCUGCUCAGAUUUACCGCAAAGUCACAAGCGGAGUGAAGCCAGCCAGCUACAACAAGGUCAUGGAUCCUGAAAUCAAGGAGAUUAUUGGGGAAUGUAUCUGCCAAAAGAAGGAGGAGCGGUACACCAUCAAGGACUUGUUGAACCAUGCUUUCUUUGCUGAGGACACAGGUGUAAGGGUUGAGCUAGCUGAGGAGGAUGAUGGGAAAAAGGCCUCAAUAGCCCUCAAACUGUGGGUGGAGGACCACAAGAAAUUAAAAGGGAAGUACAAGGAGAGUGGAGCCAUCGAGUUCGCAUUUGACCUGGAAAAGGAGGUGCCUGAGGUUGUGGCACAAGAAAUGGUGGAGUCUGGCUUCUUCCACGAGAGUGAUGCUAAGACUGUGGGAAAGUCGAUCAGGGACCGUGUGGCACUGAUCAAAUGGAGAAGAGAGAGAACAGUGUCUGCUGCAGUUGCAUUGAAUCAGGGUGAAGGAGGACACAGGGUCCAGAUGACACCGUCUCAGGGCAUCUCUGCUGGGCCUGCACAUGUAGGACAGCCCCCUUUGCAGGAACCAGAGGAGCCAGAGGUAGACCAGCACAACAGGCUGCGUAACCUACCAACCAGUGCCACCUCAGUGACAUCAGACGGCACACUUGACAGUGGCAUGGGCUCCACUGUGUACUCAGACUCCCACAGCAGCCAGCAGAGUGUCCUCUACCAGUCCCUGCUGGAGCCUAUUACUAUGGCAACGCAGCAGUGCCAGAGCAGUAACCCUCUUCUGACAGAUCGGCCUCACUCCUGUGAAAAGGGUGAAAUAUGGGGCGCAACACUGAGCCCAGAGCUCAGGACUCGAUUGGGAGCAGCAGCCCGGAGAGGAAGUGCCCCUGUCAUUGACACUCACAGGGAAAACCACAUCGCUCAACUCCACGCCCUCAGUCAGUUUCAGAGAUCAAUCAGUCCCACCCCCACAGUACUAGAGAACCAGUCAGAACUCAGCCCCUCUGACUUUCACUCAGAGGCUGAGGAUGGUUUCCCCUCUCAGAGUGCUCUGCCAAUGCUGCAGGUCUCCCCUGUCUCUUCACCCUCUGAGUACCGCCGCCUUAGUGACACCAGCAUCAGACCAACAUCAGAGGCCAGUGAGAACUUAACACUGCCUAUGCCAAGUGUACGCAGACACUCUGACCUUAGUAGUCUUCUGAGUAUAACCUCUCAUCAUAACCACCAUCUUGGAAUGCAUAAAUCCCACAUUUGCCAGGCCUGCCUCUCUUUGCUUUUGAGGUCACGAGAGGGCAGCCACCGCCACCCUUCUGUUGUCAUGCCGACACACCAGUGUCCAUGUGACUUAAAAUACUGCCCGUCCUCUGGUGGAACAGUGACCACCCCUGGUUAUGGUCGGCUGAAAGGUUCCGGUGAUUGCUCUGAUUUCUCACUGCUGCAGAAGUCCCUGUUCAAUAUAAUCAGCCGCAAAGCAGCCCCUUGUCACACCACACCCACCCAAGCCUCACUGCUGGACCCCUCAGCCGCCCACAGGCCUGCUUGCAGUGAUGGAGACGGCAGUCUGAAGAGUCGUGUCUUGAGUGGCAAUUCAGUUCGGGACCAAGAACCCCUCCAGGACUGCGAGGAUAGAUUCUGUGCUGGAGAGCAGCAAGUUACCCGGGCUGUGGGAGUGACCAAUUCUGCAGGUCACCAGAAUCAACCACCUGUCCAGGGCCUGCCUUCUUCCAGCACAGCAGUGCACACACCACUGCAGUACCUCCAGCCUGGACACAGCUACCCUGCUGCUCCAUAUGCUGGUCAGCCCAGUGUUGCAACACCAGCCCCAGCUAGUGUAUGUUUAGUCAACAUCCAGCAUGCAGGCAACUCUGCUGGUUAUGCACCUCCAAGUGUGCAACAGACCCAAGCUGCAGCAAGUAUUUCAGCAUCAGCUGUGCCACAACAUGUUGCACAGAGCCACCAAGCACCAGGCCAUCAACAGCAGCAGGCAACUGCAGCAAGCUCUUUAACUUUUCCUCUGCAAGGGCAUCAAACGUUUCAGAACUGUGUGGCUCCACCUCAACAACAGGCUCAGUCUGCAUCAGGAUAUCCUACUCCAGUUCAGCAACAGACUACAGCAGCAGCAGCAGCAGCAGGCAACCUGCCAGCACAGCAGCCAGCACAAAGCUACUCUCUUGUAUCUGUAGCCCCAACUAUGGCAGCCACAGCCCAGUGUCAUCCUGCACAAGCUCCCAGUGCACUGCAGCACAUCCAAGCUACAGUCAAACUGCCAAGUCAGCAGCCUGGUCAGAGCUCCUCCACACCAGCACUUUACAGCCAACAGAUACCCAUUCAGCAAGAGCACCAACAGCCCUUACCACAAAAUACUCAGUCCAGGAUACAACAAACACAAAAUGCUGGGCAGGCUUAUAUUCAACCUCAACUCCAGCAUAACCAAGAUACUGUGCGUCCCAUACACCAACAAAUGGCACAACAGCCCACCCACCAAGCUCAAAGUCUCCAGUCUCCUGGUCAGCAACAAUUGCAAACCUCAACUCUACAGCAGCACAGCCAGAAAGCUGUGCAAACAGCAGUUCCACAGCAGAGCCAGGGUGUAUCCCAGUCCACAGUCCAACAGGUUCAGACCCCUGCUUCUCAGCCUCAUCUCACAGCAACCCCAGUUGUGCAGGUUGCAGGCACACAUCAGAGUUACCCUGCUGCAGGUGUGCCUGAUGCUGCCUCUCAGAGCUAUGCACAUUCUACCUUCAAUGCGCUGCAGCAACAGACUGCUCCAUCUCAGAGCCAGUACCAGCCUGCACAGUCUAUUGCUGCUCCACAGACCUAUGGAGGAGCUACCCAGGUAGUGACUCCUCAGAGCCUUCCAGCCUCUUCCCUCCAUAGCCAGCCUGCACAUGUUGUCCAGCAGUUUCAACCCUAUCUUUGCAUCGCUGCUUUCCUGAACCAGAAUAUUCCUGUUGGUCAAAGCAUUUCACAGCUUGGACAAGAUGGACAGGGCCAUGGGCAGAAUCUCAGCCAGUCUGCUUCCAGUAUGCUGGCCCAGCCACUUCCUCCUCAACAGUCAAUGGCUCAGGCUACUGUCCAUCAACAACUCCAACCUCUGCAGAUAUCAACCUCUCUACCACCAACACACCCACCCCAGUUUCCCUCACAGUAUCCCACAGUCCAGGUGAUGACAGCUGUGACUGACUGUGAAUCCUCCUAUCCUCAAUCCUGCACUGCCCCUCACCCUUCAACCUCCUCUUCUGUUAAUCACGUCUUUCUUUCUCCUGGACAGACUCUUCCUGUAACCCCCUCUGUCUCCCCUCUCUCCCCUCUGCACAUUGAAAAUGCGUUAGUUUCACCCAUCCCAGUGUCCCUCAUACCUUCCCCCUCACCCAUGCUGGGUAAGAUGGGACCCACAUCCCCACAGCACCAGCCCACCACUGCUCUGCAGCAGAGUGUUAGAAGUGAAGCCUCUCAUUCACAACCUGCAUUUAUAUCUGCACUAACCACCCAUCCCAUACACACACACAUUUCACUGUCCCAAAACACACACCCUCCCACAAAUGGCAGCACUCAGCCUCUGAUACAGCAGGCUCCCCAGCAGGCCCAGAUCAGCCACCCUGAGCUUGUCCCCUCUGCUCAGCCAGUCCAGCCUACACUAUUCUCCUCACCUAUGCAGAAUGGGCCUGACCCAGGCACAGUCACCACUGCUGCCCAUCUGGACAACAAUAACCAAUGCCAGCUGGCCCUGCAGGCCCAGGCCCAGAGUCAGCUUCAGAGCCAAAUUCCUGUGCUGCAGACCUCUGAGUCUCAGAGAGCAUCAUCGGGGUCUGCCAGUUCCAGUCUGACUCAGCAGAAACAUCUCACUACUCUAACAGGAGCUGCAGGUCCAGGUCCAACAGAGACCAGCACGGAGGAUCCAGCUUCAGAGAAGCACAGUGCAGGGCAGAGCUAUGACAGUGUCAACUCUGAUGCCACGUCAGGGAAGGAGAUGAGUGAUGGUUGUGAGGGGACACAAGGAAGUAAAGGCGAAGGCAAAGUCCGCAAACACCACCGCAGGUCCACACGCACUCGCUCUCGUCAAGAGAAGAUUAGCAGACCAAAGCUCAGCAUGCUCAAUGUGUGUAACACUGGGGAUAAGAUGGUAGAGUGUCAGUUGGAAACUCAUAACCAUAAGAUGGUCACUUUCAAGUUUGAUCUGGACGGAGAUGCACCAGAGGAGAUUGCUAUAUACAUGGUGGAGAAUGAUUUCAUUUUACCUCUGGAGAAAGACGUCUUCAUUGAACAGCUGAAGGACAUUGUGGACAAAGCUGAGGACAUGCUGAGUGAGGACACCGAGGGUGAGAGGAACUCUGACCAGGGAGGCAGUCCCAAACAGAGUGAAGGAGCUGACACGCUGGGAACAGAGGCUUCAGCACCCAGCACCCCACAGCUGGUGUACCAACAAAAUGUCCUCCACACUGGCAAACGCUGGUUUAUCAUCUGCCCUGUAGCUGAGACGCCCAUGCUAGACAAAGAGAAGACUACAUCACACACCUCUACAGCCCAGGAAUCUGAAAAGUCUGCUUCAUCAUCAGUCAGGCCCAACAGCAACACAACUGCAAUGACUACCCCAGUCGCAUCUUUAUCAUCGCAAAGCCAAUCCUCCUCCUCCUCUCUGCCCUCUGCUGCUCAGACCUCGGUGCAACCUCCAGGCCAAAACCUUGGCAAAGCCCGUGUCCAGCAGACUCAGCCAAGUGUAACUAAACAUGCCCAUGCUGCUGCUGGUGUGAGCCAUCAAAACUCCCUUCCUGUGGAAGAACCUUGCAUCUCUGCUGUCUCUAUGGUGACGGACAUGCCAUGCUGUGCUAUUGUGCCACCUGUCUCUCUCGAUGUGAAUGCCAAUGAUAAAGGAGCAGUUGGUAGUUUGGUCUCGUCUCAAACCAAUCAGCCCAAUGAGAAGGCCAGUCCUACUGGAGAACUACCCCCUCAGCUGGGCUCUCAUCAGUCUGUGGUCCUGCAGCAACCCUAUGCCACAUCCAUGCAACCUGGGACAGUUACCUCCCAGCCCCAGAGUCCAGCACAUCAGACCUCCCAGAACUCCCAGUUGUCAAGCCACCAGCAGCCAGCAGGCGGAGGACCAGGAGAGUCGGACAGUGAGGGACCACGCAGGGUGGAGUUUGUUGACCGCACCAUCAAGACUCUGGAUGAGAAGCUGAGAAACCUGUUGUACCAGGAGCAUGCUCCCUCCCAGCCUUCAAGCACGACAUCUGACCCCCAGGCGUCCAGUGCAGAGGGAGUCAGCUCUCCUCCAGUCUCAGAUGGCCAGAGCACUGAGGGAGCACUUACAAAGAAGAAGGGCGACCCACUGCCUCAGAUUCCUGAGCGCACAGAGAGUGUGGGUGCACUAAGUGAUUCUGCAGUGGCAGCGGCGAGCAGGGCUUUGAAAGGAAGAGAUGUGACUGCCAGCUCCAGUUCAUACAGCUCCAAAAACCGUUUUCAAAUCAUCCCUACUCCACCAGAUGUCAUUUGUCGUUUAGAGAAAAGCAAGACAAGCUACAGCACCUGCAGUUCUGCAGCACCCUCUAGUGGCUCAGGAGGGUCUCACAGCCAGAUCCAGGGCGCAGGCAGUAAAGAGAAGGGCAGUGUGGCUGUGGGCAGGUCUUCCGUGACGGCAGCUGAAGAUGAGAAUGCAGCAAUAUCCAAAACCCUUAGUUGUAACCGCUACUCCGCCCCUCCAAACUUCUUCCAUGCCACACCCACUUCCAGCCCUGAUGUCACCCCACGCCAUAUCCCCCGAGCCCAGACCAUUGACACUCCGACCCAUCACUACUACCACCACUCCUCUCACCUCUGUUCUGACUCAGCAGAUGAGGAUAGCAGCAGCAUAGCUCUCCCUCCGGCCCACCCAGCUCCCCCACCUCAUGCCCUGUCUGAGCACAGUGGUAGCGACCUCAUGAAGAGGGCAGUGGCCUUCCUGCGGCGCUCUGGUCGGAGCAAAAGUGAGCAGAGCUCUGAUUCACCAAGCCGACAGCCUGUGGCAAUGAAUGGUCACGCUCCAGCGCCUGCUGCAGGACAUGCCCACUCAUCCUACAUCAGUAGUGACAAUGACUCUGAGUUUGAGGAUGCUGAUAUGAAGAAGGAGCUACAAAAACUGAGAGAAAAACACAUGAAGGAGAUCUCUGAGCUGCAGGCGUUCCAGAGGAGUGAGAUUGAGCGUCUGUACAAAGAGCUGGGCAAAACUCUGCCCCCCAACGUCGGCCUACUUCAUGCGGCACCCCCAAGUGGCCGCAGGCGUAGGGCCAGCAAACACAAGCUCAAGGCUGGAAAACUGCUCAAUCCGAUGGUGCAGCAACUUAAAAACAACCUUAACACCACCACUGAGAGGAAAGGUGAAAGUGCUGCCAGUUCAUCCGGCUCUCCUGCUAAAAGUUCAAUUCUGUCAGAUGGCUCUGCCCACUCCAGUGGCAGCUCCAGCUCCGCUAAUCAGCCCAAUUCAGCCCCAGAGCAGGUCCACACACAGCAACCCUGUUCCUUGAAGGGCUCUUUCUCCUCAGACAACAUCUACUCUGGCCUACACAGUGAUGGAAUGGCUACCCAAGCAGGCCCUGGCCAAGGCUGGACGGUUUACCACCAAACGUCAGAGAGAGUCACCUAUAAAUCUAGUAGCAAACCACGCACUAGAUUCCUCAGUGGACCUGUGUCUCUGUCCAUCUGGUCCACUCUGAAACGACUAUGUCUAGGCAAAGAGCGCAGUAGUAGGUCCUCUCUCAAUACCACCACUGCUCAGACAGCCUCCAGUCAGACACAGCCGCAACUCACCACAGCCACACCCUCACCAUCUCCUCAGCCAAUCACCCGGCUUGCUCAGGUCCAGACCAACAACAGCAACAACAAGAGAGGCACAUUCACCGAUGAUCUUCACAAGCUGGUAGAUGACUGGACGAAGGAGACUGUUGCUGCAGCCAAUCAACCAAGACCUUCCCUGAACCAGAUCAAACAGCAGAGACGCCAGCGGGACCUGGAAUGCAGAGCACCACCCAUGGGAGCAGCUACACGAGAGAUGAAAUGCCAUGUUGGUCCCAGCAAGUUCCAGCUGCCUCUUUCCUGCCCCCUGACUGCUGCUUUAGGCCCUGGUAUGCCUACAAGCCUAGCUCCCAGCUCCUCAGCAAUGCUCCCUCCUGGGUACCUUCUGCCACCAGGCUCCUAUGGUGGGAUGGUUCCCGGUCCUCUUUACCCUCAGCAGUGGCCCGGUAUGCCUAGUCCUGUAGGGUCCGUGGGUCCUGUAGGCCUGCUUGGUGCUGCAAGAAUGAUGCCCUAUGCCACAAUGGCAAACCCAGGGAUCCAAGCCUUCCCUCUGGUCAUGCACAAGCCCGAGAAUGGCCCCUGUCCGAAAACCACUAGGACUACCUAAUCUGCUAAUUAGAAUUUGUCAGUGUGUGCGAGCAGAAUAGUCCAACUGCACUCUGCUCUGGUUCACCAGAGCCACAACUGUACAUAAUCUGAUACUGUAAAUAACAUGACAGAGUGUUGAUAUUCUUUAUACAACACAUAUAUCUGUAGUAAAUAGUCUCUGUCUGUCUGUCUGUCUGUCUGUCUGUGUGCGCGCGCAUGUGCGUGUAUGCGUGUGUGUGUGUGUGUGUGUGUGUGUAUACUAUACAGUACAUGUUAAGUAAGUAUGUCUGAAUACCUAAUGCUUUUUGGCUUUGGUCUUGACUAAACUCAGCCAUACUAGACAUUUUGUCUGCGGUCAUGAAAACAUAUUUCACUAUUACUGCAGUUUUCACGUUGAUUUUGCCUUUCUCUGUGUUAUCUACACUUAAAACACUACAUUGGAAUCCAAAUACCAGUGGUUUGAGAAACAGUAACAGGACAGUAUUUAUGAUAAAAAUAUUUGAAAGAAUGUAGUGCCUUGAACAUUGAUUAGGGUUCAAGCCUUGAAGGGGUAGAACCCUAUUGUUUUUUGUCAGAUUAUUUUAUUUUAUUCUAUUUUGUUUUAUUUUAUUUUAUUGUCUUCUGCUACGGCUUGGAUUGCUGCGAGCUGGAAUCAGCUAGAAACAUGAAACUUGGCCCAGUAACUGGAAAUGCAUGUGCUUCCCAAGAAAUAUGAGCCCAAUCAGCCUGAUGGUUGUUGUUAUUAGGGCGCCAAAAAUGCAAGUUUGGAAAGGCCACGCCCCUCACACUGUAAGUCCAGCUGACUUGAAAUUUGAUACACAAGUCCAGCUCAAUUUGCUAUACAAAAAGGAAAUUGAGCUUACAAUUUGCCUCUUGGACCAUGAAAGUCCACCAUGAUGGAUUUUCUGCCAUUUAGAAUUUUUUGAAUAACACAUUUUUGACAUCUCCUCCAAAACCAAUUGCGACCAAAUUUUCAUUGGACCAAGCUCAAAAGUUGUGUAAAGCUUGUGGAUAUCUUUUUUUAAUUUACAGGAUUUUACCAAUAAACUUCACAAAGGGCAGGGCUAAGCAGGAAAUUGGCCUUAACUCAUUAAUGAUGUGUCCAAUCUCCGUAAAUCUUGGUUGAUAUUUUCAGUCCAUGUUUGGGAAGAGGCCUCCCAAAGCACCACAAAUACCAAAGAACAUGUAUCUCAAAACCCGGUUGAAAGAACUUCACUAGUUUAGGUGUGCAUGCUCUGGAGAAAUAUUAACAAAAAAUCUGAAGUGCCAUAUUAGUGGGUGCAAGUGGGCGUGGCCUAUCAUAUAUUUGCUCAUAAGUGAAGAUGCCUUUGAGCAAUCCUGAUGAAACUGGAGACAUCCUGCGCUAUCUCCUGAACAUUACACACCAAGUUUCAUUAAAAUCUGAUGAAGGGGGAUAUAAAUGGCAGAACGUUGAGAUGUGAUUGGUCACGCUCCUUCUUUAAACAAUUAAACUAGCUGUGACUUUGCUUGGCUUUGUCAAGCCUGACACCCGCUCCUUGCUGCUCACGGCUUAAAUCUUGGCAGAUUGAGCUGCGUCCCGUUGUUGAGAGCAAAAGGGUUUGAACCCGAAAUCGUUGCUUUUUUUUUCUUCUGUGAAACAAAGCAUGUCUGCAUCCAAGUUAUUUCAAUUGAUGGUAGCUUGACUGCAGUCUUUUUUUUUUAAUGCAUUACAGACACUUUUGUUUUCAGUUUACAAAUGAAUGCCCUUGUAGUACUGCACUAUUAACACAGUAUAUGCUCUUAUUUAAAUAAUAAAAUCAUGUUUUAACCCUUGUUUACUUUCCACCCCUGUGACAGAUGGAAUGCCAUAGUGGUGAGAUGUACCGUUGCCUUGCAGAAACAAAUGGUUAAUGUACGACUGAUGAGAGGAGGAAAAAUAAUUACGCCAGCAGCCAAAAUCCACUCUUUCAGGUCAAAUGGUUCAGUUGGACACAGCCCCCUUUUUUUUUUAAAAGACAACAGAUGUAUUGGACAGCACAAGAGUUGGCAGUGUUGUACCCUUGUGCUCAGAGGAAAGGCCGUGUCCAGAGCCAUAUAUACUGUACAUAGUUCUUUCUACAGUAUAUGCCACUGGUAGUGUUCUCAUCAGAAUGUAGCAGUUAAUAUGUGAUGGCUUGAGGCUUAAAAGUGCAAUUUUUAACCCCUCCACAAAGCUUUGAUCGUGGUUUUGCCACAAGCCUUAUCUCUGAUGUGUGCAACAGGAGCAAGCUGAAAAGUUGAACAAAGUUACAAAUCACCAAGCAACAGACAGAAGUUACCAGGCAAUGUAUAAAUAUUACAAAUCACCCUGCAGACUCUGAAUUCACUACUGCUAAAUGUUCUUUCAACUUGGCUGUCCUAUUACAGCAUACACUGUAUGUAAAAUGUUCUGUGCAAUCACCGGUUAAGUCUGAUGUUUUUAACUUAUUUGAUGUUUAAAGCUUGAUUUUUGAUGCUGCUAUUGUCUGAGGUGAUUCCACUGUACAGUUAAGCAUUAUAUUCACACAAGAUGGUACUUAAAAAUAAAAGACUUCUCAAAUUAACAAAUGAGACGCUCACAAAGCAGUGUUAUUGCCUUGUUGAAAUUUUGAUGUGUUGAUUUCCCAGGUUGCUUUUGAUGAUAGCCUUUUUUGUCAGUAAUAUAUUGCAAAAUUCAAAUGAUACUUGAUGUGGGAGAUUUGCACAACAGAUAGUCUCCCUUAAUUCUAACCUAUGUUAAAGCGUUUCCUACACUGUAUAUAGUGGGUUUCACCGCCUGUACUUUUUUUUUUUUGUUUUAUCACUGACGAGCAUGGCCAACUUUUCAUGUUCUACAAAGCAAAGAUAAACAAUGCAGCUACUAUGGUUAGAAAUUUCACAUCAACACAACACAUUUGAAAGGUUUCAGCACCCCAAUCCUUCCAAGCUGUGAAUUGUACAGUUUUCUUGUAGUUUAUAUUUGUACAUUUUGUUUGUUUAACUGUUAAGGGGUGGUGGUGGUGGUAGUGGUGUUGGAGGGGUUGCUUUGAUGUAUAUUAUUCCAUCAAUUCGGUUUGAAUUGGACUUUUAUAGGAUAUUAUGCAGAGUCUUCUGCUUUGGUGAAAUACUUCCAGUAGUAAGAGAUUUCUGUUCUCUGUCACUUGUAUCUGGUAUGUUUUGUUCCACCUCCCUUGCUGCUAACUCACCGUGAGCAGAGGAGGGAAUAACUCUUGUUAAUAUAUUCAUUUGGGUGCAGUGUUAAAAGGGAGAGCUGAAAUGCACAGAGGAGGAGCAGUCCUAACACUUCCUGCUCUGCUCAUCUCACUUCUCUCUGGACAGCAUUGCCCCCUGGUGAAUAUGUGCUGGUUGUUCAAGGCUUGUAUUUAAACUGUGUGGGAUUGCUUCUGCCUGCUGGAUGUCCCACUGCAUUACCCCACCCUACCCUGCAGCACUCUAAUCACAGACUGUAUGUUGAGAGAGAAAUAAAUAUUAUUUUGUGCUUGA